CUGCGCCCAGGUCGCGAGGCGCCCUUCGACCAGCAGCGCCCGGGGCGGGCGAGUAUAAAUGGAGCGGUGGCUCCCCCGGCCGCCUCUCUCCGCCCCGGGUCGCCGCAGCCUCCGUCGCUUUCGGGCCCUAGCAGCCUGAAGGAAAAACAGGAAAAGAUAAAAAAAAUCCGAAAAUGCUUUAAAACCUAAAAAAAAAAAAAAAAACGAGAGAGAGAGAGAGAAAGAAAAAAGCGCAUCCUCCUCGGAGAACCCGCGGGGAAGUCACUUCUGCACGCUUCCGGCCUGCCCGCGCCCGCCGCCGCACCUUGGCGUCCGUCGGUCCGGUGGUGAGCCGCCCGCCCGCGUCCACGCGCCUCCGCUCCGUCCGCCCCCGCGCCGCGUGGCAGCCCCGCGCCCGCCGCCCUCGCCCCCCGCGCGUCGGCCCCGGGCGCACCACGUGUCCGCGCUGCCCUUCGCCGGCCCGGCGUGGGAGGAGGCUGCGCGCCCGGCCCCCGGGGCUUGCCGAGUCGGCGCCGACCAAGAUUUGGUUUCCCUCUUGCCCUGGCUGCUGUAAUCUUAAACCGCCGGGAGCCCGAGGCCUAUAUUUAUAGAGAAACCCGUGUCCCGGAGGCCGCCGUGGGCACCAUUUGGUUGCCUCUUGGAGAAUUUUUAUAAUUUGGAGGGGAGUCUCUGUUUUAAUACGUUAUUUUUUUUUUUCUCCUUUGAAAUUUGGAGCUUCAGACCAGGACAGCUGCAAAUUACAAACUCCCAGAGAGGGCCAUAUUGUUUUUGAGAGCCUUUUGUCUGCGGUUUUGCAGUCUCGAACGAGCUGUCCCUGAACUCCUCCUCCCGGUCCUCCGUGUCUCCGAGCCUGCUCCGGCGUCUCUUAGCUUCACUCUGCCACCUGUGAGCCGCGGCGCGGGCCACGGCUCCGAGAAGAGCCCCUUUUGUCCUGUGUGGUCCCUAUAAGAAGUUCUCCUGGCGGGGCUCGGGGUGGUGGGGGCUGGGGAGAUGAACGCUGCGGCCAGCAGCUACCCCAUGGCCUCCCUCUACGUGGGUGACCUGCACUCGGACGUCACCGAGGCCAUGCUGUAUGAAAAGUUCAGUCCUGCGGGGCCUGUGCUGUCCAUCCGGGUCUGCCGCGAUAUGAUCACCCGCCGCUCCCUGGGUUAUGCCUACGUCAACUUCCAGCAGCCGGCGGACGCUGAGCGGGCCUUGGAUACCAUGAACUUUGAUGUGAUUAAGGGAAAGCCAAUCCGUAUCAUGUGGUCUCAGAGGGAUCCCUCUUUGAGAAAAUCUGGUGUGGGAAACGUCUUCAUCAAGAAUCUGGACAAAUCUAUAGAUAACAAGGCACUUUAUGAUACUUUUUCUGCUUUUGGAAACAUUCUGUCUUGCAAGGUGGUGUGUGAUGAGAACGGCUCUAAGGGUUAUGCCUUUGUCCACUUCGAGACGCAAGAGGCUGCUGACAAGGCCAUCGAGAAGAUGAACGGCAUGCUCCUCAAUGACCGCAAAGUGUUUGUGGGCAGAUUCAAGUCUCGAAAAGAGCGGGAAGCUGAGCUUGGAGCCAAAGCCAAGGAGUUCACCAAUGUUUAUAUCAAAAACUUUGGGGAAGAGGUGGAUGAUGAGAGUCUGAAAGAGCUAUUUAGCCAGUUUGGUAAGACCCUAAGUGUCAAGGUGAUGAGAGAUCCCAGUGGGAAAUCCAAAGGCUUUGGCUUUGUGAGUUACGAAAAACACGAGGAUGCCAAUAAGGCUGUGGAAGAGAUGAAUGGAAAAGAAAUCAGUGGGAAAGUGAUUUUUGUAGGCCGUGCCCAGAAGAAAGUGGAACGGCAGGCUGAGUUAAAGCGGAAAUUUGAACAGCUAAAACAAGAGAGAAUUAGUCGGUAUCAGGGGGUGAAUCUCUACAUUAAGAACUUGGAUGACACCAUUGAUGAUGAGAAGUUAAGGAAAGAGUUUUCUCCUUUUGGAUCAAUCACCAGUGCUAAGGUAAUGUUGGAGGAUGGGAGAAGCAAAGGGUUUGGCUUUGUCUGCUUCUCAUCUCCUGAAGAGGCGACCAAAGCAGUCACCGAGAUGAACGGACGCAUCGUGGGCUCCAAGCCACUAUAUGUCGCCCUGGCCCAGAGGAAGGAAGAGCGAAAGGCUCACCUGACCAACCAGUACAUGCAGCGGGUGGCUGGAAUGCGAGCACUCCCUGCCAAUGCCAUCUUAAAUCAGUUCCAGCCUGCAGCCGGUGGUUACUUCGUGCCAGCAGUCCCACAGGCCCAGGGAAGACCUCCAUAUUACACACCCAACCAGUUAGCACAGAUGAGGCCUAACCCCCGCUGGCAGCAAGGUGGGAGACCUCAAGGCUUCCAAGGAAUGCCAAGUGCUAUACGCCAGUCUGGGCCUCGUCCCGCUCUUCGCCAUCUGGCUCCAACUGGGUCUGAGUGCCCGGACCGCUUGGCUAUGGACUUUGGUGGGGCUGGUGCCGCCCAGCAAGGGCUGACUGACAGCUGCCAGUCUGGAGGUGUUCCCCCAGCCGUGCAGACCUUAGCACCUCGUGCUGCUGUUGCUGCUACUGCCCCUCGGGCUGUCGCACCUUACAAAUACGCCUCCAGUGUCCGCAGCCCUCACCCUGCCAUCCAGCCCCUGCAGGCACCGCAGCCUGCGGUCCAUGUGCAGGGGCAGGAGCCCCUGACCGCCUCCAUGCUGGCCGCAGCGCCCCCCCAGGAGCAGAAGCAGAUGCUGGGAGAACGUUUGUUCCCGCUCAUCCAAACCAUGCAUUCAAACCUGGCUGGGAAAAUCACGGGCAUGCUGUUGGAGAUUGACAACUCUGAGCUGCUGCACAUGCUCGAGUCCCCCGAGUCGCUCCGCUCCAAGGUGGAUGAAGCUGUGGCGGUUCUGCAGGCUCAUCAUGCCAAGAAAGAAGCUGCCCAGAAGGUGGGCGCUGUUGCCGCUGCUACCUCUUAGCCAAGGAAA